AUGUUCCCUCCUUGCCAUAUUUUACCUGCUACUUGUGAACUUUGUGGUAACUGGUUACCUGAUCAUCAAGCAUCUUGUCCUCGAAAUGGAGUACAUCCUUCACAAUGGACUAUGGAUAUAUUUGACCCUUUGGUUCAAGACCAACAAGAAGACGAACUUUUCAGUGUUGUCCAACCUACUGUGUUAUCUUGUGUAUCGCCUUCUCCUUGA